AAUUUCUCACAGUCAGCAUUGACGAACGGUCUGCUACAAAGUCUACAACUACUAACAACAAGUCUCGUUAGAUGACAAAAAAGAAGUCGAAUGGAUUCAUGUUCUUCGCGGAUUCACGUCGUGCCUUCUACGAAGCCGAAGCUGGUUGCAACUUUGGCUCGAAAAGGCUCGUCGAGCGAGCUGCUGACGACUGGAAGCAGAUGAGUCACACUGAACAAGAGCACUGGAAGACAGAAAGCAAGCGCAGGGCCGAGGAACAGGGUUCACAAAAUACAUCUCAUCACAUCCAUCACCAUGGUCCUCGCCAAAAACAACGAGUGAUGUCACAGCUCGAAAAGGAACUGAUAGAACGCGCUAAGGAGCGCGGUGUUGAUAGGGCAACAGCACGUCAAACUCUGACCGAUAAACUACUAUGGAAGGAAAAAGACGAAGUUGCGACAAUUCGAAUGCUCAGAUGGGCACUGAUUGUACUGAGCAAAGACUCAGUUGGAGUAAUUCCAAAUGAGAUUUGUGCUGUGAUGAUGGAGAAGGCUGCAAUUGUAGGCGAAUUACGCCUAAUUCGACGUGGAUUUCAGCCAAAACCGUCAAGAAAUUCACAAAAUGUACGCAACAUUGUAUGGGAUCCAAGCUUAUCCUCGGACGUUAACAUGGCGGCUGUACAGCUCGUUAAAUUCGUUCAGGGAACCUGGAAUGGUUUAGUGAUGGUUCCUGAACACCAAAUGAGCCGUCUUGGAAUCGCUAUGCAUUGGAUGAAACAGAGCAGAGACGUCUACUGCAGACGUGACACCAGUACCAUGCGACUAGAUCGUAUAAUGUGCUUAGAAGAUGUCAUAACAGUAUUUCGUGAAGUCAAUGAGAAAAGUCCGAUUGAUGCAGAAGAAGACGAGCAAUACGAGCAAUUACGCGACCUGGAACUUAGCGACACUGUCCUCUUCGUGAGAGCAGCAGCAGAAUAUUUCGCACGUGUGAUGAAGAUGUGCACCAUGCCUCCUGCACCACCGACGGCGGCCUACUUGCAGCAUUACUAUCACAAUCACAUCCACCAUCAUCACCAUACUGUUCAUCACUGUUGCGAUCCUUCUGUAUCGGACAACUCUUCAGCAGAAGUGACACCCACAAUUCAAGCACAAGGUGACACUUGCUGGACUCUUCCGCCAGGAAUGUGUUCCAUGGAAGCAAGAGCACCGGAACUUUAUCCGCUCCGCUAUGAACCAAGACGGAGGAUUUUCGGAAAAAUGGCGUCGAAUCCUUUCACGAAACCUGCAAAUGUGCAGACCACAGAACCAGAGCUGUCUCAUGUUGCUCGUUGGUUGGACACAAUUCGCUUAGACGAUAUUGAGAAGUAUCAUGAACCAUUCCCAGAAACAUACGAAGAAUCUGACGGAACAGAAGAUAUUCUUUCAUCGGACUGUGCUUGUAGCAACUGAGAUUUGAAUGUUUUAAUUUAUUAAAAUAUUUGC